GAUGUGCUGGCAGGGAAUCUCAGGAUCUCAGUAUCUGGCUCCAGCUUUGCUGUUUUCUUUUUGUAUGUAUUUUUUUUAGUCCUGUUUAACUGCUGAUUCAAUGUGGGUUAGGUUGGGGGGUGUAGAGAAAUGGCUUGUCCAUUUCUAUUAACUAUAUAAGAUUUAAGUUAUUUUGUAUUUCAGUCAACUAUUCUGAGUACCUACUACUUGCCACGAAUGCAACUGGUACUGAGUAUGUCGUGUUGGGUGGGUCUGGACAGGAUUUCCUUGCUUUGAGCAUUGAUUUCUGCCAGUUCAGUGUUGGCCAGUUCUUUGAAGGUGAUAAUGCAAGUUGCUGUGUUCUUCCUCUAGAAGCCUCAUGAUGAUUGUAAAGAUUCUCUGAUACAAUUGCAUCGGUUCAAUAAUCUUUCAUUGAGUAUCCGCUCUGGUCCAGGCACUGUGCUGGGUACUAGGGUUUCAGAAAGGAUGCCAGGAGGAGUUUUCCUUUAGCAGCAAAGUCAGGCAUGAAAAGCAAACAUUACAAAGCACUGGCUGGCAGCAAAGGGGAGCAGGGAUAGUGCUGAAGGUGAGGUGGCCUCCACUGACCUUCAGAAGCAGAAAGGUGAUGCUGUCAGAGCUGGCAAGCACAUGGACAAGGAGAAAGAGUGCAGCAGUGCAGACACUUGGAGGCUUAACACAGUCUGGUGUGACUGGAAAAUUCAAAGCUUAGUGUGUUUUUCCAAAACAUUUGUAGAGAAAAGUUUGCUACCCUUUUCCCUUGGUUGCGCCAUUUAGAGAAAGCUUCUUUAGCCUCUGCCUUCUUCAAACAAUUUGAGAGAUGAGAAAGGGUCUUGCAGUUACAAGUGCCUGUAACCAGAAACUCCAGCCACCUGGUGGACUUGGAGCCUCAACCAAGGGUGGUGUCAAGGGACCACAUGAGCCCUUAUGUGAGAUUUCAGAUGAGUGCCCUGAGGCCAUGACAGGGCACAGGCUGUGAAGGCUGAGACCGUCUGAUGGUUGCAAGACUGUCACUGGACCCAGCUGUUUGGAGGAACUCUUCUUUUCUGGGAAACCACACCUUGGAGAGUAGGUACUGGGCAGCCACUACCUGAGCCUCCACUCCUGUGACAGUGAAUCAGGCCCUUCCUGCCAUCUUGUUUCAUUCAGACAUGUCAAAGUCAAGUUCCAAGUCCACUAUUUCCAAAUCACUCAUGCAACUUUCAAAAUUAUUUGUAUUUCUAAACCUCACUAUACUCAGCUAUAAAUGGAGCUCAUAAAAUCUGCUGUGCUUAUCUCACAGGAGUACAAUAGGUCUGUAAAACCUUACUAAUAUGGAAAGUACCCCUGAGUGGUAACACGGUGCACAGCAGGGAUGGCAGGUGCAGCACUGAUGGUGAAGGUGGCUUGUCUGCGACUGUCUGACAGAUCAAGUUGCCUCUCUAGUGACCUUGAGUCUGACUUGAUCACACUGAUUUCUCGCUGUCCCUUAUCACAGAUGCAUGUCCUUGGGUAGAAAGAUGACGAACUUUUAGAGUCAGACAGACCUGGGCUGGAAUUCUGGUUCUAGAACUGACUUGCUGUUGACAUUGGAGAAACCCUAUAACCUUGCUAAGCCUCAGUUUUUUUCAUUUCCUAAAAUAGGGUUGUCAAUAUCUCUAUCAUAGUGUUGUAGUAAAGGUUCAAUGAGAUAUUGCAAGGAAAUUGACUACCAUGUAGUAGGCCCUCCUUAAAUGCUACUUUCCUUCUUUUCUCUAGUUCUUCUUCAGUUGUCAUGUGGUCAUGUGAUUACCUGUGUUGGGUGUCUGCAGAAAUUGAAUUCCUUAGUUUCUGGUAAUACAACAAGCUUCCACCCUCCACUUCAUGAUCUUAUAUCUGAAUUCUUCUUCCACUAUGUACAUUUAAUCAUUUCCACAACAUCAGCCGCCCAAGAUAGGAGCCCAUUGUUCCCAGAGCCACUGGUUCCUGAGGUCUGGGAUGGUGGAAGCACUGCUUUGGUUGGUACUGCCGAUGGAUUCCAGGAAUGAGCUGCAUGUCAGUUCAUGGAGAAUUCCCAGGGAAGAGCCUGGAGCUCAGGGCUGCUGAGUCAUGGCUGUGGCUUCACACCGCUGUCUUCACUACCCGUAUCACCUCCACAUGGCCCCCAGGCUGAGCUGCUGCUCUCCUGUCUCUGUUCAGAAUACCUCCUAUGCCUUUUUGCUUACCUAGUUCAAAUCCAAUGAAUACCAUCCUCUUGUUUUGUCCUCCCAGCACUCUGCAAAUCACACAGGGCAGAGAUAAUUAUUCUGAAAAACUCAGGGGCAGAAAUAUUAAGUGACCUGCCCAAGGUCACCAAGAAUGGGGAUAAGAACCCAGGUUUUGGGAACAGCCAGUCCAGUACUCCUACUACCUUUUCCUGAUAUCCUUAGGAGCGGGAUCCAUGGGAAGGGACCUCAGACCGCUAGUGGGUUAGCAAAACCUCAGAGGUGAUUGCUUUGAUUUAUUAUUGUAAAUAAACCCAGUGAUUGGGGAAAGAAUGUAAUGUUUUCCAAAAGAUACAGACAUUAUUUGAGUUCAAAGUGCUUCCAGUUUCCAUUCAGUUACACAAUAAAUUCUGAGAAAACAAAGUAGGUGUUUACUCAGAAAUAAAGAGGACUAUUCAGUCUCUAUUUGCUCAGUGAAAUCUAUUUUCCAGAGCUUUUUGCAGUUCUGUGCAUGUUGUAGUGGAAAGGACAUGGGUUAUGGAAUCAAGUCCACUUGGAUUUGAACCUCAGUGCAACCAUUUCCUCAGCUCUGUGAGCUUGGGCACUUCCCUUGAUUCUCAGAGCCUCAGGUUGCUAAUCCAUAAAAUGGAGAUUAUAACACCUUUGAAGUGAACCCUGUACAGGUUAGGAGAUGCCCUUCGUAUUAGACUAUGCUAUGCGUGGUGCCCCCAGAGUUGUGUCUCAUGGUGGCCCUGGUUAUGGUGAAGUUAAGUGAAAUAACAUCUAGCAUGCUUAAUGAAUUUUUGUUUCCAUUUCCUUAGUUGGCUACAUGUCUGCUAUCUUACCCAGAAUUCCUAGCCUCUAUCAUGAGGUGAGUCAGCUUCCUGUCUCAGUAGUGCUCUUCUUGCAGGGCACUGCACGAAACUAUGUGGUAGAGAUAACCCUCGAUCUUCUCAUGCAGGAGUUCAACAUCGCAGCCCUUAGAGAGAUGCAUCAGAAAUCUAUGGCAUCAUCUAUAACGAGAAGUCUUUUUCUGGCUAUUUUGAAGGGGUGUUGGGCCACUUACUAUUUUAGAAAGUUAGGUUUGGUGAUGUAAAACAGUCAGCCUGCUCUUUUUUAUUCUUUUUUUUUUUUUUUUUCAAGCAUGCAUGGCUUCAUUUAACAAAUAUUGCAAGGCCCUAGGAACUGAAUGAUUUGCAAGAUGUGGUUUCUGACUUCAAGAAACUCAGAGUGCAGUCAGGGAGGUAGACCAAGGCAACCAGAAACUAACGUUCAGCAUAGAGAAAGUAAUGAUGGGAGGACAUAUAAAGUGUUCGUGGCUCAAGAGGAAGAAGGGAGUGGAAGAGUGGAAGAGGAAGAGGGACUGCUGUCCACGUUCAAAGCCCAAAUUGAGGCUGACUUUUGUCGAGAAUUGCCUAACAGGCUGCAGAGGUGGCUAGGAGGUAGACCAGGGCUGGAAUUCAAGUCGCCUCACUUCAGAUCUAUUGCUCAGCCCGUCGCUCCACCUCAUGCCACGUUGGGUUUUUCUUUACAUCGUUUGUUUUUCCCUUGUCUCACUUGUUUUAGGCUUGUUUUCCUGCUCAGAACAAAGUGGCUUCCCUGAACACAUCUUCAUUAUGAUUCACACCAACUUGAAGAAAAAGUUCAGCUGCUGCGUCCUGGUCUUUAUUCUGUUUGCAGUCAUCUGUGUGUGGAAGGAAAAGAAGAAAGGGAGUUACUAUGAUUCCUUUAAAUUGCAAACCAAGGAAUUCCAGGUGUUGAAGAGUCUGGGGAAAUUGGCCAUGGGGUCUGAUUCCCAGCCUGUAUCCUCAAGCAGCACCCAGGACCCCCACAGGGGCCGCCAGACCCUCGGCAGUCUCAGAGGCCUAGCCAAGGCCAAACCAGAGGCCUCCUUCCAGGUGUGGAACAAGGACAGCUCUUCCAAAAACCUUAUCCCUAGGCUGCAAAAGAUCUGGAAGAAUUACCUAAGCAUGAACAAGUACAAAGUGUCCUACAAGGGGCCAGGACCAGGCAUCAAGUUCAGUGCAGAGGCCCUGCGCUGCCACCUCCGGGACCAUGUGAAUGUGUCCGUGGUAGAGGCCACAGAUUUUCCCUUCAAUACCUCUGAAUGGGAGGGUUAUCUGCCCAAGGAGAGCAUUAGGACCAAGGCUGGGCCUUGGGGCAGGUGCGCUGUUGUGUCGUCAGCGGGAUCUCUGAAGUCCUCCCAACUAGGCGGAGAAAUCGAUGAUCAUGAUGCAGUCCUGAGGUUUAAUGGGGCACCCACAGCCAACUUCCAACAAGAUGUGGGCACAAAAACCACCAUUCGCCUGAUGAACUCUCAGUUGGUUACCACAGAGAAGCGCUUCCUCAAAGACAGUUUGUACAAUGAAGGAAUCCUAAUUGUAUGGGACCCAUCUGUAUACCAUUCAGAUAUCCCAAAGUGGUACCAGAAUCCAGAUUAUAAUUUCUUUAAUAACUACAAGAGUUAUCGUAAGCUGCACCCCAAUCAGCCGUUUUACAUCCUCAAGCCCCAGAUGCCUUGGGAGCUAUGGGAUAUUCUUCAAGAAAUCUCCCCAGAAGAGAUUCAGCCAAACCCCCCAUCCUCUGGGAUGCUUGGUAUCAUCAUCAUGAUGACGCUGUGUGACCAGGUGGAUAUUUAUGAGUUCCUCCCAUCCAAGCGCAAGACUGACGUGUGCUACUACUAUCAGAAGUUCUUCGAUAGUGCCUGCACGAUGGGUGCCUACCACCCGCUGCUCUAUGAAAAGAAUUUGGUGAAGCAUCUCAACCAGGGCACAGAUGAGGACAUCUACCUGCUUGGAAAAGCCACACUGCCUGGAUUCCGGACCAUUCACUGCUAAGCACAGGCUCCUCACUCUUCUCCAUCAGGCAUUAAAUGAAUGGUCUCUUGUUCCCCCCGGCCUGGGAAGAACAUUUUCCUGAACAAUUCCAGCCUGCUGCUUUUACACUAGGGGCCUCUGUCAGCAAGAGCACGGGGGCUUCAAGAGCCUGUGGUCAGGAAAUCAGGUCCAGCCUUCCCUGUAGCCAGUUUAUGAGCCCAGAGCCUCCCGCCACACACAUGCAGAUAUAUCUAGCAUUCUUUCCAGACAGCAUCCUCCCCACCUUCCACCGUGGUAGAUGCAAGAUCUACCUCUCCCAUCAGGGCUGCCAAAGCUGGGCUUUGUUUUUCCCAACAGAAUGAUGCCAUUCUCACAAACCAAUGCUCUAUAUUGCGUGAAGUCUCCAUCUAAAUAUUGAUUUCACGUUUUAAAGAAAUUCUCCCAAAUUACAACUGUGCCCAAUGCAGGGUGGCUCUGGGGGGCAAGUAGGUGGUACAGGGGAUUGGAAACAUGCUCCACGCCUCCAGAAAAAAGUUGCUCCCGAGGUCCAUGCCCCUGGAACGUGUUCCUAUCACUCUGGCUGGUUGGGCUGGUCCUUAGACUGGGUGCUUAUGAUUAAAGGGUCUUAGUUAGCCCACUUUCCCUCUCCAUGUGGAGAUGGAAGGUAGAGAAGGAUACAGUGUCUGUCCUCAAGUUGCUACGGUUCAGUGAGAGAGGCAGACAUCUGAACAGGCAGGUAGGAUUCAGUGUGCUCAGUGCACUGGGGAUUUGGAGAGAGAUGGGCUUGCUCUCUCUGUGCACCCAGGAGGGCCACGCACUCAAACUGUGUUUGUGGAUCAGAGAAGGCUUUAUAGCACGGGGCAUUCAGAUGAGUCUUAGAGGAAGAGAAGAAACAUGGCAAGCAGAUUACAUCUGAGCCAUUUGAAUUGUGUUUUUCUUUCUUCCCACGUUUAUUUUCUAAGAUCUACCUGAACUUAGAGACUCAAGAUAUGGUUUUAGGAAACCUCCUACCCAUGUCUGAGGUAGCAAGUGCAGCCUCAUGACAGAUACCAGGCAAUCCAGAGCCACAAAACCUGAUUUCUCCAGGCUGUGCCUGGCCUGACCCGACCCUAUCCUGUCAGCUGGGUUUGCAUACCACAGUCCCAUUCUUCCUUUUCAAUACCUACCCCCAAAUCUUCUCCUAACCACCAUCUGUUUUUUGUUUUUUUUUUUUUUUUUUUUUUUAAGGAUUUUUUGCUUUAAAAGCAUCUUGACCCCAAUUUAUUUGAGCUCACGGGCCUUUUUCCGAAGGUCUCUCAGGGUGUAGUGGUGUGGCUCUCUGGACUUACGUCACUCUCAGAGGUCAGAACCUUGGAGGUCAGAACUGAUUCUCACCAGGUGUGAGAGGUGUGAUAGCACAUUGCAAUGCUCUGCACCUCUUCCUUGCAAGUGAGCAACUUCAGGCUCUCUGGGCAGAGGCUGGCCCACUGUAGUUUGCAAACAUGCUCUCCAGGUGGUUUUACUAAGUCCGCUCUCCCUGAUAGGGAAUCCUGCUGGACCAGCGCAGCCUGGUGUGGAGAGGUUAAGAGACUUGCACAAGAUCACCAAGUCAUGCUGUAGAGCCAGGGUUCCUAGACCCAGGGCUCUGCACUCUCAAGGCUGGCCCCAUGUGCUCAAGGGAAUCUAACGUUUGGGCUCCAAGCCAACCAUCUCGGAGCUGGGAUCCUUAUUUACUGCCAAACCCUCAGCUUAUGUAGCUAGAAAGGGCCCUGGAGUGAGAAGGCCUGGAUUUUCAAAUUGAUGCUCCCCUACUGACUAGCUGUGCCACUCUGGGCAAAUGCUCUUCCUUGAGCCUCUGUUUCCACACCUGUAAAGUGGGGAUGAUGAUCCUAUCUCACAGAGGUGUUGUGAGGAUUACAGGAAAGCACUUGUCCUGGCUCUGUACCUGGCACGUAGUAGGUGCUCAGUUCAUGCUGGUUUCCUUCCUGCCUUUAGUAGGGACCUGCUCUGUGCUCACACCUCGGCUGCAUUCACCCUGCUGUGAUGGAGGCUAGUGUGGAAGAGAUCCUGUCCUCAGGGAAUUAACUGUCUUAUUGGGAGACAACAACUAUCCUCCUUGGAACACCCAAGAAACCAUGCAAAGCAGUGGACAACACAGAACGCACCCUCCUCCUCACUGCCUGCAGCUCCAGUCUGAUUCUGCUUGGGAAUGGGCGGAGCACGUGGGCUGCUUAACUGCCGUAUAGGACAAGCCCCUUACCCCUCUCUGGGCCCAUGAAUUCCUGGCUUGGUUUAUGUUCUGAUUUGACACACUCAUUUUAAUCUUCGAAUCAUGACCACUGAGUGCAGAGGUGGCAUUCUGACAGCAGGACAUACAUGUUGGUGUGGAGAUUGGGACGACACUGGGUAGAAUCUAGUUUUUAAUUAUUAUUAAUAUAAAGGAUCAAAUUAAUUUAAAUAUGAUUCUGAAGUCUACAGAACUUUUAGUUCUGUGCUGUCUAUAUGUGGACACUUUGGUAAAAUGCAAAUUAUGAUAUGGACGUUAUCAUUGGUCUGGUGAGAUGUUUCGUAUUUGUGAUAGUUAAUUUAAAAAUUAUGACUUAAUGCUGCCUCUGUCUAUGGGGUUCUGUCUUCUUUGAUAGCCAUCUAUUCAUCUGGAUCAUGGGACCCUCUCUAAUCCUUCCACCAAUCAAAUAAGCGAUUGCUAUUGGUUUGGAGUUGAGACAUCAGUCUCAGAAACUUCUGAAAAAUGCCUAAGCUAAUAAUUACCCAAGGAUUAUGUCAAAUUUUAAAAUAAAUGUGUGUGUUUCUUUAA